AUGCCGUUUUUCAUGGCAAUGCUUGCCACUUGCGCCAGCGCAUCAUUGUACGACGCUCUGGUAGAAGCUCCGGACCUGUGGGCUGAUGGUUUCGAUGUCCCAGUUCUGCCCUGUCGGCGGGGCAGCUUCUCAUUUGAGACCUGCUGCCAGGAAGAUACUGACCUCAGCAACUUGGGUCACUGCUUUCAGAGACAGUCGCCCGAUCACCUGAAGUUUGCAAGAGAGGUUUGCUGCGAUGAUAGGUCCGCGGUCAUCAUGACGAACAACAUCAUGAUCAGCGCCACCGAACUGGGGGAGUGCCUGGCAAAUUGCACCUGUACAGACCCAGAAUUCCCUGAUUGCCAGUGUGAGCGGAAGUUUCUGCACAAGGCCAUGCAAUUGGCUUCCCUGCCACGCAGGUGGAAAGCUGGGUUUGCUCGCUGGCUGACGAAAUCUGGGAGGCCGCCGUUGAGAACAGAGCAGGACUAUGAGGACUGCGUCUUGAGAAAUCGUCGUGAAGCGCUUCGUUAUUGGGAGCAUCUGAUCAUGACAAGGCAGAUGGCCACCGUGCCCGAGCCCAAUAAACCCGUCAAGCCGCCCAUCUAUCGCAUCCCCAUGACCCGGGAAAAUCAUGCGGAGGUCUCCCAGCUUCAAAAAUGGCAGGUGCAAGAAAGGCUGGAGCGGAUCCACCGCAAGAACCGGGCGACGAAAAUCUCGAGCUCCACGAGCUCUGGGUCCAUCCCAAGUAGCUCGUCCACUUCGAGGUUGGGGGUGCACAUUGCCAUGGUGGCGUCCAUUGGGCAGCCGGUCUUUGGACGCUUCACCCUCGCCACGAUCCGAUCUGCCCUCUUCCACGCCACGCGCAGGAAGCUGCACUUCCACCUCCUGGUGGACAGCGCUGGCCAGAAGGAUAUGCUGAGGGCCCUGAGCAGCUUGGAACCUGAGCUGCAUGCGAGGGUGGGUGGGAUCCACCUCUACGGCCCGGAAAUCUUGAAAGCCAACUGGAACUUCCUGGUCCGCCGGAUCCCUCCAAGCUGCUUCAAGUUCGCCGGCAAGUAUGGGUCGCCAGGGUUCUUCCGCCUGUUUCCGCACGUCCUGUUUGCCAACACGGGGGUGGAGCACAUGAUCUGGACCGACGCGGGCGACUUCCUGUUUUUCGCGGAUCCUGCGCUCCUUCUUGAAGAGCAUCUGCGCAGGGUGGCGGAGGGAAGCCCAAGAAUGGCUGCCACCUACCCGAGAGGGUGCCCCUGGGCUUUGCAGAUCUUCAGCUUCAAGGUCAUGGAGGAGGUGGGGUGGACCUCCCAAGUGAGCGACUUUUUCCGCACCGAGUGGCGCACCAACCGAAGUGGAGAUCAUCAGAGGCUUUGCCACUUAGAGUCCUAUCACACCAUGGUGGGCAUCCACAACUACCUGCCCGAGCUCUUUGGUCCUGUCUCACAGGAAUGGGGGCACGAACCGCGGAUUCCGUGGUUCACCGGACUCUUGCAGCAGCCGGAGAACCUCGAAAGAAUUGGAUUGGCUCCGGAGGUUUGGGAGAAUCGCCAACACCCAGGCCUCAUAGAUCCCACCCGGGCCUACAUCUACUGCCCAACAGUUAGCGACUUUGUGUUGCACAGCUUCGUCACAUUGCCAUACUAUCCGGUCUUCCUGGUUGACCUGGCCCAGAUGUUCAAGCUGGCUAGGGAGGCAAUCGACUUCCUCAGUGAAGACUACGUCGAGUCGCCCGAGUAUGGGAGCCAGACAUAUCGCUGUGGCCGGCCGGUGCUUGGCAUGCACAUGCUGCGGCAAUUUCAUUGGUCGGUCCCCUGGUCUUUGCGGCUUUUAAACUUCUGGAGCAACUCAGAAGACCUGUGGCCUCCUCGUCGGGGGGAGAGCUGGGGACUCCCCGCCCGUUUGGAUGCAAUAGAGUAG